GCCUUUGCUCGAGACUGUUUUAUCUUCAGCUUUUGCACUCUAUCGAAAGAAGGAGGAACUGUGAACUGUGGAAGGGAAAGAAAAUAAAAGCAGACGAUACACUAAUGAUGGCGGCCAUAGCUCGAGUUCCACUAACACAUUCUCUUCCAACGUUCCUAAACCAUACUCUCUUACUCCCUCGGCGUCUCUCCUUUCCUACUCAUCUCCAUCGCUCUCCCUUUCGCUCCUUCUCAGCCGUCUCAUCCUCCUCCUCCCAGAGUGAUUCGAGAUUGCUCGGGAAUGAUUCGAUUGUGGGAGAUCUUCUUGAUUAUCUUAAUGAAUCAUGGACUCAGUUCCACGCCACUGCUGAGGCAAAGAGACAGCUUCUGGCCGCUGGGUUCCAUCUCCUUAGUGAAAACGAAGAGUGGAAUCUGAAACCUGGUGGCCGUUACUUCUUUACGCGAAACAUGUCCUGUCUCGUUGCUUUUGCUGUCGGAGAUAAGUAUGUUCCUGGGAAUGGUUUCCAUGCGAUAGCUGCUCACACGGACAGUCCAUGUCUCAAACUUAAACCAAAGUCAGCCUCUUCCAAGUCAGGCUACCUGAUGGUGAAUGUUCAGACUUAUGGUGGUGGUUUGUGGCAUACCUGGUUUGAUCGUGACUUGAGCGUUGCCGGGAGAGCUAUCGUGAGAGCUACCGAUGGUAACUUUGUUCACAGGCUUGUCAAAGUCAAAAGACCCUUACUUCGUGUCCCCACUUUGGCCAUUCAUCUUGAUCGCACAGUGAACAGUGAUGGAUUCAAACCGAAUUUGGAGACUCAACUUGUUCCGCUACUGGCAACAAAACAAGAUGGAGCCUCUGCAGAAUCAAAGGAUAAAAACGUACCUCCCUCCUCCUCCAAAGAUGCUCAUCAUCCAUUACUCAUGCAGAUUUUGUCAGAUGACCUGGAGUGCAAGCCCGAGGACAUAGUGAGUCUUGAGUUAAAUAUCUGUGACACCCAACCUAGCUGCCUUGGAGGAGCAAACAAUGAAUUCAUAUUCUCUGGAAGACUUGAUAAUCUUGCAUCCAGCUUCUGCGCUUUGAGAGCUCUCAUUGAUUCAUGUUCAUCAUCCGAAAGCCUUUCGACCGAACAUGGUAUCCGGAUGAUUGCUUUAUUUGACAACGAAGAGGUAGGUUCAGAUUCAUGUCAAGGUGCAGGGGCACCCACCAUGUUUCAAGCCAUGAGACGGAUUGUGAGUUCCUUAGGAAAUGCUCAGGUCACGGAGUGUACCUUUGACCGUGCUAUCAGGAAAUCUUUUCUUGUGUCUGCAGAUAUGGCUCAUGGAGUGCACCCGAACUUUGCAGACAAGCAUGAAGAGAACCACCGUCCUCAACUACACAAGGGUCUCGUUAUCAAACAUAACGCAAACCAACGGUAUGCAACUAGUGGGAUCACUUCUUUUCUUUUCAAAGAAGUAGCAAAGCUCCAUGAUCUUCCUAUUCAGGACUUUGUGGUGAGAAACGAUAUGGGAUGUGGGUCAACAAUAGGACCUAUAUUGGCUUCAGGAGUCGGGAUUCGAACUGUUGAUUGUGGCAUAGCUCAGCUUUCUAUGCAUAGUGUGAGAGAGAUUUGUGGAACAGAGGAUAUAGACAUAGCGUACAGACAUUUCAAGGCGUUUUACAGCUCUUUCUCAAGCGUAGACAGGAAGCUCACUGUGGAUGAUUGAUUAUCUGCUGCUGUUGUAGGAGUUAAAGAGUUGUUCUCGGUCUAGUGCUUUACUGGCGGUUCAGUGGUUUACUUGUUAAACCAAAUUGGGAUAUAUAAUCUUCUUUUGUUUUUGGUGAAGGUUCUGAUUUGUAAUACGUGGUUAUGUUGUAUUUUUGCAUUAACUAAAGUUUAUGCAUUUGUUACCGUAA